AUGUCUACCCCGGACGAAUCCAGUAUGGAGCAAUCAGCAAUCAUCUUGAAACAGAAAGCUCAGAUAUCAAAAAUGGAAGAGAUGAUGCAGGGUCUACAAGACACGGUAAAUUUGUUACUUAAGCAGAACACGCCGCAGCAAGUGCCAAUACCAGACACACCACCAAUACGGGAAUCAAGGCUAAGAUUUGCUACAUCAACACCCUUUGACGACAGAACACAAGGAUUGGAUACGACUAUUGGAGCCGGAGACGAUUCAUUUUUAAACUCGGAAGGGGCGUCCCCAUCCAGCCAAGGAAGACCUAAGACUAGGAUAAAGUUACCAGAUGAGCAAAAGGGAGUGAUGUUAGAUGCUAAAAAGACAAACCUUCAUUUUGAUGGGACCGAAGUUGAAGUAUUCAUCAGAAGAGUAGAAAAGGUAGCCUUUAUACAGAAUGCGGGAACAGUAGAUCUAGCAUUCCAACUACCCCUCAUUAUCAACAACAAGAAAAUCAGUGAGGCUAUAGAACAGAUGGAGGGCAUGAAACGGGAGACUGGGAACUAUUGA